AUGGAAGGUACUAUACCUGGUCUAGACCAACCAUAUCCCACUUUGCUCUUUUUCCUAGACGAUCCCACAGCCAACACGGCAGCUAUUCUCCCUCGGCAAGGUCUUUACGUCGUCGUCGUCGUCGUCGUCGUCGUCGUCGUCGUCAAUACCUCCAUGGAGACGGUGCUCAAAAACGAUUGUUCCCACUGCCAGGAAUCGGUGAUCUUGCGAGAGAACGGCAAUGCGGGGAGGAGUUCAAAUACCGGCAUUCAGCAUGAUGUAAUUUGCGUUGGGUUUGGCCCUGCAGCCCUCGCCAUAGCAAUUGCUAUGCGGGACCGCGGGAUUCAGCGUCGCGUUCGUUUCUUGGAGAGGCAGCCAGAAUUUGGCUGGCACACGGGCAUGCUGCUACCCGGGAGCAAAAUGCAAAUUUCUUUCAUCAAGGACCUGGCGACUAUACGCAACCCUCGUUCUCACUUCACCUUCCUCAACUACUUGCACCAAAAGGACCGUCUCGUUCAUUUCACCAAUCUCUCCACCCAUUUACCUUUCCGUGAAGAAUUUAACGAUUACAUGAAAUGGUGCGCCUCGCAUUUCAACGAUUGGGUCCAGUAUAACCAGGAAGUACUCAGCGUUACUGCGGUGGAGUCUACCCCUGGGCGGCCCGCUGAAUAUUUCAAACUAAUAUCCCGUGAUGUGCGUUCUGGGGAGCUCAGAGAAUUGUCGGCUAAUCACAUCAUCGUGGCUAGUGGAGGGGAACCAGCCAUUCCUCCAAUACUUUCUACACAACACCUACCCAAGACUGUUAUCCAUUCCUCUACUUACCUCGGUUCUGUACAUCAUCUUCUCCAAGAAAAAAAUGGUUCCUACCGUUUUGCCGUUGUUGGUGGUGGCCAGAGUGCAGUGGAGAUUUCUGAAGAUAUACAAUCAAGAUACGCAAAUUCGAAAGUCACUCUUGUGACGAAAGCUUCGGCCUUGAAGCCCAGUGACGACAGCCCAUUUGUCAAUGAAAUUUUCGACCCAAGCAGUGUCGAUAAGUUUUAUUCUUUAGACCACUCAGCACGCCAACAGACACUUCUCGAGAACAAAGCAACAAACUAUGGUGUUGUUCGGCUACCACUUCUGGAAUCAGUAUAUGAGAAGUUAUAUCGUCAGAAGUUCCUGGAGCCCAACCCUGCUAAGUGGCCAUUUCGCCUGGUUACUGGCCGUGAGGUUAUGGGCCUGAAAGAACUCCCAAACAACCAGAUAGAACUCCAGCUCAAGGACACCCUAUCUGGGCGUGUUGAAAGCUCAGCCGAGGUAUAUGACCUAGUGAUUCUUGCCACAGGAUAUACGCGUAACCCAAUAGCCACCAUGCUCAAACCCUUGGAGCAAAUUGUUGAGGCUCCAGCAGAUGGGAAGACGUAUUGCACAGAUCGGGACUAUCGAUUGCGCUUUCGCCAGGGGAAAGUCAAGCGUGAUGCUGGCAUCUGGCUCCAGGGGUGUUGUGAAAGCAGCCAUGGUCUGAGUGAUAGUCUCCUGUCUAUCCUUGCGGUGCGUAGUAGCGAACUGCUUGAUUCCAUCCUUGCAAGCAGUAAGCGCGCUGAAGAUCAUGCACGACUCUAA